CGACGGCUCCAGGAAGUCAGUCCUCGGGCAAGUGCCCCUAGGCAAAAGGGGUCCAGAUGGGCAGACUGCCCUUCAGCUCAACGGACGGAUUAUGCAGCAACCGAAACUGUUUUACCCCCAACAUGAGACGUACACCCCUCGGCCUUUAGAGCGACCAGACGGACAGUCCAACCGGCCCUUCCCGGCUUUUGUUCUCCCUGAAAACCUUGCCUCCGUAGGUAGGAUCGGUUUACGCCAGCGGGGUUUUCUUACCUCGUUUUUUUCUGGGAUGAGGCCAACCCCACAUCUAAGAAUGACAGCCCAUAUGGCAAGUCCCCCAUGGGGCUGCUUGGCUUGUUGGCUCAACAGCAUAUUAUGGGAAGACAGGUUUCCCCCUUACAACUUCCUGUAAUACUAAUUUUACACCCCAUAUUAUUGCAAGGGCAGGGAUACGGGUGGCGCUGUGGGUUAAACCACAGAGCCUAGGACUUGCCGAUCAGAAGGUCAGCGGUCCGAAUCCCCGCAAUGACGGGGUGAGCUCCCGUUGCUCGGUCCCUGCUCCUGCCAACCUAGAAGUUCGAAAGCACGUCAAAGUGCAAGCAGAUAAAUAGGUACCACUCCGGCGGGAAGGUAAACGGCAUUUCCGUGCGCUGCUCUGGUUCACCAGAAGCGGCUUAGUCCUGCUGGCCACAUGACCCGGAAGCUGUACGCCGGCUCCCUCGGCCAAUAAAGCAACCCCAGAGUUGGUCACGACUGGACCUAACGGUCAGGGGUCCCUUUACCUUUAUUAUUGCGAGGAGGUAACCUGUCCUUCGGUCGCGGCCUCCCCAUCCCAAGCCAACCUCAGUCCCUAUUUUCCUUUCCCUUCUCUCACAUCGCUAGCAAUGGCUCCUGUGCCCUCGCAGGCCUCUUUCCCCCCUUGGUGUUCAUAUUUUGAGGAUAAGUGUUCUCGCACAUGGCUGGAGCAACAUUGCUGAAACAUGCGCCAUCUUGGUGCGGGAGGAAGUGUGCUGCCGCCACCGCAGCGCAGCACAUUCCUUCAGACCCAUGGCUUUAUUGGGGUGGGGAAUCAGAAUUGGGUCUUUGUGCGUGUGUGAAUUCCACAUGGAAUAGUGCCCCAAUAUCUAGCUGUUGCCGAAAUUCGGUCAAGCAGCACAGCUACUACGAACCGUGCCACAAAAUUGUGCACAGAUGCUCAGCAGCUUUCGGGUGCACAGAGCGUCCAAGAGCAAAGGGCUGUGGACUUGCUUCUGAGCUGUUGCAAAACUCAUGGAAGGAAAAAGAAGGAACCCUCAAUGCAAAACACACACACACACACAGAAGGGCUCACCGAAAAGGCACAAUGGAUUUGAGUUUCAGGAAGGCAGACUACAAAAGGUACAGUCAAACCUUGGUUGUCAAACGGAAUCCGUUCCGGAAGACUGUUUGCCUUCCGAAAUGUUCGACAACUGAGGUGCGGCUUCCGAUUGGUUGCAAGAGCUUCUUGUACUCAAGCGGAAGCUGCGCCGGACGUUCGGCUUCCGGAAAACGUCUGAAAACUGGAACCGAAACAUUCCAAAACGGAGCCAUUUGAGAAUUGAUGUUUUGACUGUAUAGUAUAGCAAACUGACGCAGGUGGCGCUGUGAGUUAAACCACAGAGCCUAGGGCUUGCCGAUCAGAAUCGGAAGCCACGAUUUGGUUUCUGAACGUUCAACCUCCGAGGUACGGCUGUAUUUUCACCCGAGUAAUGUUGGAGGGCAUGGCAUUGUUGCUAAGGGGUGAAACCCAAAGGGGUUGCUCAGCCCUUCGGAGCCCAACCGGAAGUAGAGGAGGAGAUUUCCAGGAGACAGAGCGGGAGAAGCGACGCAGCCAGCAAAAGCAGAGGGUAGAGCAUGAAUUUUUCUGUGUGUUGACGUUACAGGGACACCCAGUUUGUACCACCCCCCCAGCCAAGAGAAAGAGCUAUUUGCAACACCCCCGGCAGGUAACGCUUACGUGGUGCGUAGAAAGAAGCAACUCUCGCGGGCGCGUGGGUGGGCCUUUGCGGAUUGUGGCCUGUAAAUCUCAACUCGGGACAGGGCGGGACGAUGCCUGGCUAGGUUUCCGACGGACUAAAGCUGAGAUUUGGUCGGCAGCUGUUGCUAUAAGAAAACUGAGCCGAUUUCCGUUCCGCCACCUGCUGCCAAGUAAUGGAAUUCAUCACUUCAAAGUACACAAGCAUGAUUAGUUUUGAUUUUGCUUGCCGUUGGGAUGGGACACAAAAGCCCAUCUGCUGCACAUGCAGGAAUAAUAAUAAUAAUAAUAAUAAUAAUAAUAAUAAUUUAUUUAUUUAUUUAUAUCCCGCCCUCCCCAGCCGAAGCCGGGCUCAGAGCGGCUAACAACAGUAAAAUGAUACAACAUUCUAAAAUCAUUUCAUUAUAAAAUCAGUUCAAAUCAGAUUAAUGGCAACCAUUGGGCUAGAGUUCUGUGGGGAUUACCAAAGGAGGGGGUCAGGCUGUGUCAAAGGCCUGGCGGAACAGCUCUGUCUUGCAGGCCCUGUGGAAAGAUGUCAAGUCCCGCAGGGCCCUAGUCUCUUGUGACAGAGCGUUCCACCAGAUUGGGGCCACAGCCGAAAAGGCCCUGGCUCUGGUUGAGGCCAGCCUAACCUCUCUGUGGCCCGGGACCUCCAAGAUGUUUUUGUUUGAAGACCGUAAGGUUCUCCUUGGGACAUACCAGGAGAGGCGGUCCCAUGGGUACGAGGGUCCUAGGCAGUAUAGGGCUUUAAAGGAAGCCCCGGGUUCGAAUCUCUCGAGGUAGGGAACAGACUCCUUCCUUGAAACGCUGCAAAGUUGUUACCAGUCAGUGAAGACAAACACUAAGCUAGCUGGACUUAAGGCCUGGCUCAGAAUAAGGCUGUUUCCCAGUGUUAGAAACUCAGAUAUAUAAGCUAUGCGUCAAAUGGCUCCUUAAACCAAGGUUGCAGUCACCAAGAUGGAACGCCCAGAGUUGCCAUUUUGGGGCAAGAUGGCUCAAAAGCAGCGGUUCUCAACCUGUGGGUCCCCAGAUGUUGUUGGACUACAACUCACAUCAUCCCUGAGCUCUGGCCUUGCUAGCUGGGGGGAUGGGAGUUGUAGUCCAACAACAUCUGGGGACCCACAGCUUGAGAAAGGCGGCUCUAAAGUCUUAUUUUUCAAAGGAUGGACUGGCUGUGAUUGAUUCUCAGAUAAACAUCUGGCUAGUUCAGCUGACAAACCUAGACAGCAUCUUAAAAAGCAGAGACAUCACCUUGCCAACAAAGGUCCGUAUAGUUAAAGCUAUGGUUUUCCCAGUAGUGAUGUAUGGAAGUGAGAGCUGGACCAUAAAGAAGGCUGAUCGCCAAAGAAUGGAUGCUUUUGAAUUCUGGUGCUGGAGGAGACUCUUGAGAGUCCCAUGGACUGCAAGAAGAUCAAACCUAUCCAUUCUUAAGGAAAUCAGCCCUGAGCGCUCACUGGAAGGACAGAUCCUGAAGCUGAGGCUCCAAGACUUUGGCCACCUCAUGAGAAGAGAAGACUCCCUGGGAAAGACCCUGAUGUUGGGAAAGAUGGAGGGCACAAGGAGAAGGGGACGGCAGAGGACGAGAUGGUGGGACAGUGUUCUCGAAGCUAGCAGCAUGAGUUUGACCAAACUGCGGGAGGCAGUGGAAGACAGGAGUGCCUGGUGUGCUCUGGUCCAGGGGGUCACGAAGAGGCGGACACGACUAAAUGACUAAACAACAAGAACAAGAAGAAGCAUAAAGAAAGAAGAAACUGUCUGUACAUGUUUCAUCUGUUGUGUAAUGACGCUUACUGCCAAGUCAGGUGCAGCAGGUGCACAUUUAUCCUAGAAUCCCUAUGUUUGCUUGCCAUUUUAGCUGAUAUUUAUAUUUUUGCAAAGCAAUUUCUCCUAAUAUAAUGCCCUUUUUUGCAUGUUAUUUUUAUGAAUAUGCUGGGGUUGGACAACAAAGUUCAGCUGACAGCCUUGAGCUAGGUUAAGAACUUUGAGAACUUAAAGAAGGAAAGUCACUUGAUGCAGGGACAGUCUAUAUAUAUAUUGGCCCAUUCCGACCUCUUUUUCUUAAUGGCGACACGGAACAUUCAUGACGUAAGAAUAAUCUUCACAACUGUGAGCAGGGCAUUGUUCACUGCUCCUGCAGUUUGGAAGAGAGAUUCUCGCAGCAGAGUUAUCACAAUGGUGACUGUGCCAAGCACAUUAAAACUUGGCUAGAUUUUGACAUCUUCCCUCCUCCACCUUUAGGCAAGCAUUCCACACAAAAAUACUUUGGCUAGAAUAAAUCACAGACACUUAGCUUUGCAAAUAAGUGAGCAUUUUACACGCACAGUUUCAGAAGUUACAGAAAACAAGUCUCCGUCCGCUGGCAGUAAAGUAAGGAAGAAAAAGGUUCCAAAUGGCUUUAAAAGAAAGAAGUUGUUUCUUUCAAAAGAAUAUUGCAAGCUUUGUGUUAUGCAAGCUGUAAAAAUCUCCUUUAGAGAGAUUUUAUUCACGUGGUUAUCCUUCAGCUGGGAGCCAUUCUGCGUGGCUCCUUUCUUCCAGGAAGACACAGAGAGAGAGAGGAAGGAAGGGAGGGAGAGAGGAUGCAAAGGCUGCCAGCCACCCACUGGCAACUUGAGCUCAGGGCUCAGCUUAACCCUUUCAUGCAUGCAAGUGUAAGUCAAUAGCUGUAUAUUACAACAGGAAUUACUCUUUGAGCUCCUCCUCCUGAUCUGGCUCCUCCAGGACACCUCCAUGGGACUCAUCACCAUAGCUAUGUUGUGCUCACCAGUGUAGAUACAACAUAAGAAGAUGCACACAGACCCUCUGCACACAACGUACAGAAAAUCACUACAUGCAAAUAGUGCUUAGAGCUGAAAAGCCAGCAUUGGAUAGCCCUAUUUGCUGCCCACCUGAAAAUGCCCCAAAAUUCUAGGUUUUUUCUUGAUUUCAUCUUCGUAAAACAUCUUCAGUAACUUAGCCCAAUACCGCAGUCGGCGGGUUUUUGCACAGAAACCAUAGGAUAUCAGCCUUGAUAGAAGCUAGUUCCAUAUAGCUUAGUAUUGUUCACACUGACUGGCAGAGACUCUCCGGGGUUUCAGGCAGGGGAUGCCCCUGGCUGAGGUUCGGGGAGGUGGCAGGAGGGCUCUUAGACCCAUCGGAGCACAGCGCCCCCUCCCUAAGCCCGGCAGAAGCUUCCUGGACUUUGCGAAGUGGGCGCCAGGCUUCAAUACUUUAAUACAAUGGUACCUUGGUUCUCAAACUUAAUCCGUUCCGGAAUUCUGUUCCAAAACCAAAUUGUUCCAAAACCAAGGCGCGCUUUCCCAUAGAAAGUAAUGCAAAAUGGAUUAAUCUGCUCCAGACUUUAAAAACACGCACCCUAAAACAGCAAUUUAAUGAGAUUUUUACUAUCUAACGAGACCAUUGAUCCAUAUAAUGAAAGCAAUAAACAAUGUACUGCGGUCACACAAUAAAUCACUAGCUGAACUGGGUUCCACACAGUCACCAAAACAAAAACAAAAAAGAGCCGCUGAAACAAAAACGCAAAAUAAAUGGCAAAAACAGACAGACUUCAGUGUAACACUUAAAAUGGAAGUGUGGCGCUCAAAUUGGAAGCAUAGCACUCAACUCAGAAGUGUGACACUCAAGCAUAACACUCAAAAUACUGGCCAAUGGAUCAUCAAUUGCGGAUUUUUAUAUACAGUGGUACCUAGGUUCUCAAACUUAAUCCGUUCUGUAAGUCUGCUCCAAAACCAAAGCGUUCCAAAACCAAGGCGCGCUUUCCCAUAGAAAGUAAUGCAAAACGGAUUAAUCCGUGCCAGACUUUUAAAAACAACAAUUUGACGUGAAUUUUACUAUCUAACAAGACCACGGAUCCAUAAAAUGAAAGCAAUAAACAAUGUACUGCGGCCACACAAUCAGUCAGUCAGUAGCUGAACUGGGUUCCACACAGUCACAAAGAGAGAGCCGCAAAAACAAAAACGCAAAAUAAAUAGCAAAAACAGACAAACGUCAGCAAAAACAGACAACACUCAAAACGGAGCAUGUUCAGCUUCCGAAAAAAGUUCGCAAACUGGAACACUUACUUCCGGGUUUGCAGUGUUUGGGUUCCAAGUUGUUUGAGUACCAAGGCGUCUGAGAACCAAGGUACUGUACCACUGUACUCUAAUUUAUCGGGAAUAUUUAGAGGAGGAGCCCAGUCCCUCUAGGCCACUGACCGCACACCACUGCUGGGGAUUGUGUCUCUGGGAGUGGGAGCUGGGAGGUCGCCUAACAACUCUGAGCAGCAGUAGGGGUGCGCCAUGGCCAUUUACCUUUCCCGCCCCGACCUGGCUGCAGUGAUCCAUGCGACGGUCACCUCCAGGCUUGACUACUGUAAUUCGCUCUACGCGGGGCUGCCCUUGAAGCUGUCCCAGAAACUCCAGCGGGUGCAGAAUGCUGCAGCGAGGCUCCUCACGGGGUCUCUGCCAUGGGAGCAUAUUCAUCCAGUGCUUUUCCAGCUGCAUUCGCUCCCGGUGGAGUACAGGGUCAGAUUUAAGGUGCUGCUUUUGACCUUUAAAGCCCUUCACGGCCUAGGACCCUCGUACCUACGGGACCGCCUCUCCCGGUAUGCCCCUCGGAGGACCUUAACGUCCAUCAGUAGCAACACCUUAGAGGUCCUGGGCCCUAAGGAAGUCAGAUUAGCUUCAACCAGAGCCAGGGCCUUUUCAACACUGGCCCCGGCCUGGUGGAAAGCUCUGCCUCAUGAGACCAGGGCCCUGCGGGAUCUGAUUUCUUUCCGCAGGGCUUAUAAGACAGAGUUGUUCUGCCUGGCCUUUGGCUUGGAAUCAAUUUGAUUCCCUCCCCCUCUUUUUUCCUUUCUCCUCCUGUGAUGAGGCUGCAUUUUAAUACAGUGGUGCCUCGCAUGACGAAAAGAAUCCGUUCCGCGAGUCUCUUCGUCUUGCGGUUUUUUCGUCUUGCGAAGCAAGCCCAUUAGCGGUUUAGGGGAUUAGCGCUAUUAGCGGCUUAGCGGAUCAGCUGAUAAGCGGCUUAGUGGCUUAACGGAUCAGCUGUUAAGCGGCUUAGCGACUUGGGGAAAAGGGGGGGGGAGGGAAAAAACCCCGCAGGAACUAGCAAGACAUUUUCGUCUUGCGAAGCAAGCCCAUAGGAAAUUCGUUUUGCGAAGCACCUCCAAAAUGGAAAACCCUUUCGUCUAGCGGGUUUUCCGUCUUGCGAGGCAUUCGUCUUGCGGGGCACCGCUGUAUAUUAAUCUUGUUUUUUAAGUUGUAUUUCAAUCAACUUGUUUUUAUUAUUGCUUGUUAGCUGCCCUGAGCCCGGCCUUGGCUGGGGAGGGCAGGGUAUAAAUAAAAAUUAUUAUUAUUAUUAUUAUUAUUAUUAUUAUUAUUAUUUGAAGUGGGAUGAUGGGAUGACGGAGUGCAAGAUGGAACCAGGCACUGCUCUCCAUUCUCCAUCCAGACAAGCAGGAGGCGUCACCAGAGGACAGCUUCUAGUCUUGUGUGGGCUGGACAGAGCGCCUAAGACCAUAGAGAGAGGGACUGGGGGGCUGCGCCAAGGUUCUGCCCCUCAACUAAUUAGUAAUAAUAAUAAUAAUUUAUUAUUUAUACCCCACCCAUCUGGUUGGGUUUCCCCAGCCACUCUGGGCGGCUCCCAACAGAAUAUUAAAACCACAUUAAAACCUCAAACUUAAAAAACCUCCCUGAACAGAUGCCUUCUAAAAGUCAGGUAGUUGUUUAUUUCCCUAACAUCUGACGGGAGGGCGUUCCACAGGGAGGGCGCCACCACCGAGAAGACCCUCUGCCUGGUUCCCUGUAACCUCACUUCUCGCAGGGAGGGAACCGCCAGAAGGCCCUCAGAGCUGGACCUCAGUGUCCGGGAUGGACGAUGGGGAUGGAGAUGCUCCUUCAGGUAUACUGGGCAGAGGCUGUUUAGGGCUUUAAAGGUCAGCAGCAACAUUUGGAAUUGUGUUCGGAAAGGUACUGGGAGCUAAAGUAGGCUUUUCUGGAUGGGUGUUAAAUGGUCCCGGCAGCCACUCCCAGUCGCCAGUCUAGCUGCCGCAUUCUGGAUUAGUUGCAGUUUCUGGGUCAUCUUCAAAGGGAGCCCCACAUAGAGUGCAUGGCAGUAGUCCAAGCGGGAGAUAACUAGAGCAUGCACCACUCUGGCAAGACAGUCUGCGGGCAGGGAGGGUCUCAUCCUGCGUACCAGACGGAGCUGGGAGACAGCUGCCCUGGACACAGAAUGGACCUGUGCCUCCAUGGACAGCAGUGAGUCCAAAAUGACUCCCAGGCCGCGCUCCUGGUCUUACAGGGGCACAGUGACCCCAUUCAGGACCAGGGAUCCCCCCACACCUGCCCGCUGCAGUCAAAGGAAGUGGCAGCCAGCCUUGCCUUGGUAGAUUUGAGCAGGACACACGUUGGAGGGUGCUCCUUGUCCGACCCUCAUUUUCCUCUCUCCUCGCCCCCUGCCAGGCUUCCACAUGGCUCCGUGCGGUUGCUUCUUCGACCCCCGGAUCUACCGCAUUGAGUGGGCUACGGCCAACUUCGUCCAGCCCUCCGUGUACAAACUCUCUGGUGCGCCGGGCCCGCAAAACACCUACCUGCUGGACGGCCAGAAAUACCUCAAGAGCCCUGUCCAGCCGGUUGCAUACCCGCCCUAUCAGCCGGUCGCCAGCAACCCCCCGUUCGUCUUGCCCUUCUUCAAGCCCGAGGGGCCCUCGACCCACUUGGCGGACCACAUGGGCUUCGUGGGGAGCCCUGCUCACAGCUCCCCCUUUGCAGAGGUGGUCUCUCUCCACAGCGAGGGCCCGGGGCAAAGCAAGGAGCGUAAGCUUCUCUCCACGCUCGCUGGGCUGAACCCAAGCGAGCGGCCAGCCCUGGCAGCGGCCUAUGAACCCCUGAAAGACUGCCACAACUUGGCCUUCCAAGCUUUCAAGGACUUCCAAGCGGACGAGGCAGACGACGUCCGGAACCCAGAUUUUGCAGAGGACCCUACAGCCCUGCCAAACACCUCUCCUGAAGACCACCAGGCCAUCCUCAGUGCACCGACUGCAGACAUCAUGCCCGAAGCGGAGUCUUGCAUGGACCUGGAGAGCAUCAUCGCGGCUGGGAACGCAUUGAUAGAGGAGGAGGAGGCGUCCUUCAACCUCCCGGAAAAGGUCCUCUUAGAAGAUGCCAUGAAGUUGUUUGACUGCUCCCCGGUGAACUCAGACACCGAGGCCUCGUUGGACGGCUUGGGCAACGGACGCCACAGCCGGCACUGGGGAGACAGCCUGAGGGACAGUUGCUUCUCUGGCGAGGAUUCAACCAGUGACAUCCGGUCCCUCAACUUGCCCGACGAGCUGUUAUCUUUCGAUUACAGCGUGCCAGAAAUCCUCAGUGCAGUGACGAGCUUGGACUACCUCUACGACGUGAACGCUUUCGGGGAGGAGUCGCAGUGGGAGGCCCGGCCGCCCUCGCAGCCCCCCCUGCAGCACGAGUCCCACGUGGGCCUCGAGGAGAAAGCCAAGAAAAACAAGCCUGCGGCCGGCCAGUCCAAGGCGGCGUCCGUGCAGGGACGCGGCGGUGAACCCCAGGGGCAGGAUUCCACCUCACUGGGAAUCUGACCAGUGCAUCUAACUGGACAGGGGGUUGUGCCACUAGAUCAAGGAUGGGGACAGAGUUCCUGCCAUUUUGUCUAUUAAAAAGAGAGAGAGAGCUUUUUAGAACUCGAA